GCAGCUCUGGUUUCCGGCCCCGAAUCUAUACCAUCACCCCCAAGAGGCUCUGCCAUAACCUAGUAGGACCAGCCUGGGAACCAGACCAAUACAGUGGGACUGCCUCUGAACUCAAGCAACUACUGACGACAGAAAGGCAUCACAACCUGUUGAUUUUGGGGAAGCAUAUGCCAAAAUUGCAGCGACAUGAAUAACGUCUUCAACUUCGAGGAUUAUUAUUAUGACACCAAUAGCACCAUCAUCAACACCACCUUCGUGCCGGCCCCCAACACAUUGAGCUGUAAUGUUGAGAUUUCUCCCACAGUGGCCAGGCUGUUGUGUUUCACAUACAUUGUUAUUUUCCACAUGGCAGUAUCGGGCAACAUAUUGGUAGGGCUGGUGAUCUGUGUCAAUUGGCGCGUCCUGACUCCGUCGGACGUGUAUCUGUUCCACCUCACCAUCGCCGACUUCCUGCUGGCCCUCACGCUGCCCUUCUGGGCCACCAAGGCCGGCUUCCAGACUUGGAUUUUCGGUGACUUCAUGUGCAAGUUGGUCAGCCUCAUCACGGAGGCCAACUUCUACACCAGCAUCCUCUUUCUGGUGUGCAUCAGCAUCGACCGCUACCUCACUAUCGUCUGCGCCGCCAGUACACGCGUAUACCGACAGCGCUACUGCAGUCGCUUCGCGUGUGCGUCCAUAUGGGCCCUGGGCGUGCUGCUGGCCCUGCCCGCACUCGUCAAAGAGGCCCUCGUCCUGACCACGGAGAAGGUGGCUUGCGCCGAGCCUUUGUUCGGCAAUUCGAUGUGGAAGGUCGCCACGCGGGUGCUCCGCCACGUGGUGGGCUUCCUGCUGCCGCUGGUCGUCAUGGUGACGUGCUACGGCAUCACCAUCGCCAGGCUCCUGCGCACGCGUAGCUUCAAGAAGCACCGGGCCAUGCGGGUGAUCAUGGCGGUGGUGGGGGCCUUCCUGCUGUGCUGGAUGCCGUACCACCUGGCGGUGAUCACCGACACCCUGAUGCGGAUUGGCCUGCUGGAGUACGACUGCACGGCGAGGAUGGCGGCGGACACGGCGGAGCGGGUUACACUCUCGCUGGCUCUGGCCCACUGCUGCAUCAACCCCGUGUUGUAUGCCAUCGUGGGGGAGAAGUUCUGGGGCAACCUGGCCAAGAUCAGGAUCCACCGAGACGUGAUGGUCUCAAGGUCCAGGUACAGCAGGUCGACGUCUCAGACGUCUGAAGGGAACGGGCCGGUUUUCUGAAAUGACCCCGCCGAAAGGAGCGAGUUCUCAAGCCCGUGACCAAAGAUGGCAUGCAGGCAGCACGCUCACCACGGCUAAUUAUGUGUCUAUGAACCCUAUCUUAAAAUUUCACAUGUUGUAAAAAAAAUCACGGCCUGCAACUUUCCACGAAAAAGGUCAGACCAUCGAUCCCAGACCAAUAAUGGCAUUUGCCCAAGCAUCCAUUUUUUCUUGGCAGAAACAGAGUUGAUGUCGAAGACUGCCAUUUAUACCACAACAUGGCAGCCGUAGUCUACUCUCUUGUAUUAAAAAAUAGCCAAGCGUGACGGUUCUCCUUUAAAAAAACAUUUAUGCACAGUCAAGCUUUCAUAUUGACCUUUAGAAGACAAUAACUAAACAGUUUGUAAGUCUGUUGUUGUAAGUCUACGUUACCGCAACAGUGUGGCCUUAAACGAGGUCUGUGACCCCUAAAGCUAGUCACAACUAAAUGCAGAAACUCAUUCUCCCCAGGAAUAGACAAGCUAUUUGUCUCUCACCAGAGUCAGUCCUCCCACUGAGAUAUGCUGAUGAAUCGUAGUACAAACAUACAAUUAAUUAAUUGUACAUAACAUAACCUACAUGUACUGUUCAAGUAAACAUAAGGUUCAGUGCCAAAGUUUGAGUCUGACCCAUUGAUUUGAACUCAUUGGUUUUUUACUUGUCUUAUAACUAAGCUUCAAAGUUGGAUACAUUAAUAGAUAAGGCUUUAUGGCUUAAUAUAUAUAUUUUAUGGGCCCACUGGCCGUACACUUCUCACUCCGCCAAGAGGUCCCUGGAGGAAAAAGGUUGAAGUCCUCUGCAACAUAAUAAUCGGAAGGUUGCUUACUUUUUAAUGUAUUAAUCAGUGCCCUGAUAAAUGUGAACCUGUGGUCAAAACAGAAGUGUGUACUUUGUGUAGUUGAAUGUUAUUUGCUUGAAUGUUAUUUGCUUGCUGAACACUAAUACUGUUUUGCUUUUUGCGUUAAUUGCAUCAGCUGUCACUGCUCAUCAAAUAAAGACGACUUUAGAUCUCC